ACUGAAUCUAUGAAGAAAUUAGUUUUGAUUCGUCACGGAGAAAGCAUCUUAAAUAAAACAAAUUAAUUUGGUGGAUGGUUGGAUGUGGAUUUAUCAACUAAAGGAAUCAAGGAGGCUUAGAAUGCAGCAAUUUUAUUAUAAUAAAAUAAUCAUAACUUCCAUGCAAUUCACACCUCAUGUUUAAAAAGAUCCAUCAAAUCAGCAAAUAUCAUGUUGGAAACCAUGAAUUCUCUCUGGGUUUCUUAAAAAAGUAGUUGGCGUUUAAAUGAAAGACAUUAUGGAAUUCUUUAAGGCAUGAACAAAAAAGAUGCUUCAUUAAAAUAUGGAGAGGAAUAAAUCAAAUAAUGGAGAAGAUCAUAUUCAUAAAGACCUCCUCCAUCUGUAGAUGGUAAAAGUGAAAGUCUUGAAGAUGUAACAAUCAGAGUCAGAUCAUACUGGGAAGAUUGCAUUGCAAAAGAUGUCAUUUAAAAUAAGUAGGUUCUUGUAGUUGCUCAUAGCAAUUCAUUACGAGCUUUAUUGUGUAUAAUAAAAAAGCUAUCUGAAUAAUGUAAAUCAUCUUUCUUAUAAUAGAAUUGCUAUAAUUAAAUAUUCCUACUGCUACUCCUUUGAUUCUUUUAUUUAAUGAUAGACUGCAAUACUAAGAUGAAUAUUAUUUAGGAAAUUAAGAAUUAAUCAAGUAGAAAAUUAAAUAAGUGGCAGAUCAAGGCUCUCUCAAAUCUAAAUGAUAUUAAAAUGAC